CGGCCUUAAGGCGGCGGCGGCGGCGGCGGCGGGGACGGCGCGAGCGAGCGAGGCGGCGGCCGGAGCUGCGGGUAACGAUGGCAGAGAAGAUCCUGGUGACUGGUGGAGCUGGUUAUAUUGGCAGCCACUGUGUGCUGGAGCUGGUGGAGGCCGGCUACGUCCCCGUGGUCAUCGACAACUUUCACAACGCCAUCCGAGGGGCAGAUGUGCUCCCUGAGAGCCUCCAGCGUGUGCAGCAGAUCGUGCACCAGCCCAUCUUUUUCCAGGAGCUGGAUAUUACAGAUGAGGCAGCACUGCAGGAGCUCUUCAGCAAGCACCGUUUCUCAGCUGUGAUGCACUUUGCGGGGCUGAAGGCAGUGGGGGAGUCUGUGCAGAAGCCCCUGGAGUACUACAGGGUGAACCUCACCGGGACCAUCCGGCUGCUGGAGGCCAUGAAAGCCCAUGGCGUGAGGAACAUCGUGUUCAGCAGCUCUGCCACGGUCUAUGGAGACCCCAAGUACCUGCCCCUGGACGAGAACCACCCCGUUGGUGGCUGCACCAACCCCUAUGGCAAAUCCAAGUACUUCAUUGAGGAGAUGAUUCGAGAUCUCUGCAAAGCGGAGAAGGACUGGAACGCUGUUAUCCUGCGCUAUUUCAACCCUAUUGGUGCCCAUGAGUCAGGCAUGAUUGGAGAAGAUCCUCAGGGGAUCCCGAACAACCUCAUGCCUUACGUGGCUCAGGUGGCGGUGGGGCGCCGGGACGUCCUGAGCGUGUUUGGGGAUGACUACAACACGGAUGAUGGAACGGGUGUCAGGGAUUACAUCCACGUCGUGGAUUUGGCCAAGGGCCAUAUUGCUGCUCUGAAGAAACUCAAAGACAACUGCGGCUGCAAGGUACUGAGAGCGCUAUCUACAAUCUGGGCACAGGCACUGGCUAUUCUGUCCUCCAGAUGGUCCGAGCCAUGGAGAAAGCCUCGGGGAGGGAGAUCAAGUACAAGAUCACAGGCCGGCGGGAGGGAGAUGUGGCCUCCUGCUAUGCCAACCCGGCACUGGCUGAGCGUGAGCUGGGCUGGAAAGCUGCUUUUGGCUUGGACAAGAUGUGUGAGGACCUGUGGCGAUGGCAGCUGCAGAACCCCACGGGCUUCAGCAACAACUGAGCUGGCUCUGGGGCCGCAGGCACGCCUGGCUGCCGCGGGCCCUUGCUGGGCGGCCCUGCCUGUGCCCUCCCGAAGUCCCAGUGAGGUUGUGAUGAUCUUGGAUGAAUUUCCAACCCCUCUCUCCCACCCAACUUUUGCAUGGGCAGGAGGCCCCUCAGCCUCCUCUUUGUUCUUCCUCCUUUCCCCAGGUCCUCUUCAUCUCAUAGACCAACCAGAAACACAAGGAAAAGCACAUCCAGGGCCUGGCCUUGGCCAAAGGCAGAAAAUCCCCUCAUGAGAUCUUGCUUGGGGUGCUGCUGGCUUCAGCAAGGACAAGGUCCUUGGCUGGGCCCUGCAAUCGCUGCUGAGCUGCUCCUGGGCCAUCUCACUCCCAGCCUGGGCCCAGCCCGGUCCUUUGCUUCUCCAGGUCUGGGAGCAGGCGGAGGCUCCUGGGCCCCAGGCAGGCAGCUGGGGUAGCCACUGCGCCCCUGGCCUGGGGCCAGAGAUGGCUGCUGUCUCCCUCACCUACCUCAUGGCCUCAGGCUGCCACAUCUUCCUCUCACCCUCCCAGGGACCACAGUCACAGCCUGAAGUCUUUGGCCCCCAGGAGGAGCUGGUGGCUCCUUCCCCCAGCCCAGUGCACUGGGGAGCUGGGUGCUGCCGGAGGCUGCCCUGCUUCCCCUGCCCCCAGCACCGGCCUAGGGCCUGACUUGCAUGUCCCUGGCCCUCCUGCCAGGGCCUGCACGCAGCGCUGCGGCUUCCCCAGCUCCCAGGCACCAGCUAGCAAAGAAACCCUGACGUGCUUGUGUGAGCGAUCACGGCCACCAGCCCCGGUCCCAGCCACGUGGCACCCUCAGCCCUGCAGGGCCGUGUCUCCCUGCUGGGUGUCAGGAAUUCAGAGCUGGCUGGUGUCUGGUUUUGCUUUCAAGUUGCCUGUGGCAGCCACUUCUAUAAUCGUGUUGCCAAGGAGUGCCCAGGAGAAGGCUCCACUUGGCUGUCAAAUACUGGUCCUAUUUAUUACUGGCAGCUCUAACGGCUUCGUUAGGCAGUGAUGAUGCAGCCGGUCUGGUUUGCAGUCACUUGAAUUAAUAACUUAUGCUACUAAAUUAUGAAUGGAGCUUUUCAUUUGUUUUUAAAUAAACUUUCUUACUUUCUAA